AUGGCACUUCUCAGAAACCUCCCUCAACUUCACCUUUGGCCAGACAAUGGCAAUGUUGUCUCCUGGUUGAGUAACUCACUAACCAAGGAUAUAGCUCGUAGUGUUGAGUACUCAGAAUAUGCUAAAGAUAUUUGGUCUGAGUUAGAGGAUAGGUAUGGCAAAGCAGAUGUUGCCAGAGUAUUUGAGCUUAAGAAAGACCUGGCACAUAUAUCUCAAGGUUUCCUUGACAUAGCUUCAUAUUUUAACAAACUCAAGCAACUCUGGGAUGAGAUUGCUACUUUUUCUUUCAGUGGUGUUGUCGCAAUCAUGUUUGGAACAAGGGUUGAUGAUUUACUUGUCAAAGAUAAACUUGUGGUGGGAGUCAAAGUUUCUGAUUCAAGAGAUAACAGUUCACACUCCAUGAGCCAGCAGUUGGGAUAUGAUGCAGUAGUUCUCGCAGUUGGGCGUUCUGCCCGUGAUACAUAUCAGAUGCUUCUUUCUCAUGGGGUCGCCCUGGUUGAAAAGGAUUUUGCUGUUGGCCUGCGGGUUGAGCAUCCUCAAGAACUAAUAAACAGCAUACAGUAUUCUGGAUUGGCCAAUGAAGUUCAAAAUGGACGCGGGAAAGUGCCUGUUGCUGAUUACAAGGUCGUUGAAUAUGUGAAUACAGGUGAUAUUGCUUCGCUUUCAAAUUCUGGAUUAACAAAUCGCAGUUGUUACUCGCUUUGCAUGCGUCCUGGUGGCCAGGUGGUUCUAACCAGUACAGAUCCAUCAGAGCUCUGUAUAAAUGGCAUGUCCUUUUCCCGCUCUAAAUGGGCAAAUGCUGCACUUGUUGUUACAGUCUCAUCAAAGGAUUUUGCUGCUUUGGACUUGCACGUAGGGGUGGGCUUGCACGGACCUCUCGCUGGUGUUGACUUUCAGAGGAUGUUCGAGCGAAGGGCAGCUACAAUGGGCGGAGGCAAUUUUGUGGUACCUGUUCAAACGGUGACCGAUUUCUUGACGACAAAUUGUCAGGUAGACCUCUUUGUCGGCGUUGGGACAUCAGUGCCGUCUUCCAGUUAUAGAUUAGGAGUAAAGGCAGCAAAUCUUCACGAGUUAUUCCCUAGUCACAUAACCAGCUCUCUGCAACAAGCACUUCUAAAGUUUGACAAAGAGUUACGGGGAUUUAUUUCCAGUAAUGCUCUUCUUCAUGGAGUAGAGACAAGAACUAGUUCCCCUGUCCAGAUCUCACGAAGUGCUGAUACUUACGAGUGCACCUCCUUAAGAGGUCUUUACCCUAUCGGAGAAGGAGCGGGUUAUGCUGGUGGGAUAGUAAGUGCAGCAGUUGAUGGCAUGUAUAGUGGCUUUGCAUUAGCGAAAAGCUUUGGUCUUUUUCAUGGAACUGUCGAGUCGGUUUUAGGGGAGGCUCAGAGUACUGGAGCUGCAAAAGACUGACACCAUUAUCUAGUUUUGUUCUCACCGGUUUCAAACUCGCAUUCUGUAAA